CAGUGGCGGCGGCGGCGGCUCCGGGAGCCGGCGCGAAUCCGGCCCCCGGUGCGGGACCCGGGCAGGUCUGGAAGAGCCCUGCCUGGGCCCAAGUGUGCAGAGGAUGGAAACACUCCCCCGGCAAUGUCUCUGGGCCGCCUCCUUCGCCGGGCCUCCUCCAAAGCCUCGGACCUCUUGACCCUCACCCCCGGUGGCGGCGGUGGGCCCCCUUCCGUCCUGGAUGGGGAGAUCAUCUACUCCAAGAACAAUGUCUGCGUGCACCCGCCGGAAGGGUUGCAGGGGCUCGGGGAGCACCACCCAGGUUACCUGUGCUUGUACAUGGAGAAGGAUGAACUGCUGGGGACCACCCUCAUCCUCGCAUGGGUUCCCAACUCCCGGAUCCAGAAGCAGGACGAGGAGGCGCUGCGUUACAUCACCCCCGAGAGCUCCCCCGUGCGCAAGGCACCCCGCCCUCGGGGCCGGCGUACCCAGAGCUCGGGGGCCCCCCCUCCGCCGUCCCCCAUGGAGCCCAGGCCCACCCUAAUCCCCAGAGAUGAGGACAUCCUGGUGGUGGCCCAGAGCAUGCGAGACCCCGAGCGUGUCAGCCCUUCGCCCGAGGACGGGGAGAAGUUGGCCCUGGGCCUGGGGACAGACAGCUCCCUCCUGGCCUCUCAGCCAGCCCACAGCGACUCGGGAAUCUUGUCGGCGGUCAGCUCGCAGGACGGGACGGAAGAGGGCCGGGAGCCGCGACCCGAGGCGGGCGAGGAGGAGGGCUCCUUGGAGCUGUCGGCCGAGGGCGUGAGCAGGGCCAGCUCCUUCGACUCGGACUCAGAGGCCUUCUCUUCACCCUUCUGCCUCUCGCCCAUCAGCGCCGCCCUCGCAGAGAGCAGCAGCUCCGUGUUCCUGGAGAGCGAGAGCGGCUCCCCCUCCAGCGUGGACGCCCACCUGCAGUUCCCGGACAGCAGUGGCCUCCUGCAGCCCCCGCGCUGGGACGAGCCGCAGCGGGCCUGCGCCUUGGAGCAGAUCUGCGGUGUGUUCCGAGUGGACUUGGGUCACAUGCGCUCCCUCCGCCUCUUCUUCAGCGAUGAGGCCUGCACCAGCGGCCAGCUGGUCGUCGCCAGCCGGGAAAGCCAGUACAAGGUGUUCCACUUCCACCACGGUGGCCUGGACAAGCUGCCUGACGUGCUUCAGCAAUGGAAAUACUGCGCAGAGACGCACCUCAAAGACCAGGUCGCCGACGAAAAGACGUGCAUGCAGUUCUCCAUUCGGCGUCCCAAACUGCCGUCUUCCGAGACGCACCCCGAGGAGAGCAUGUACCGACGGUUGGACGUCGCGGCCUGGCUCCGCCACCUGAACGCGCUGGGCCAGGUGGAGGAGGAGUACAAGCUCCGCAAGGCCAUUUUCUUCGGCGGCAUUGAUGUGUCAAUCCGGGGGGAGGUCUGGCCCUUCCUGCUGCGUUAUUACAGCCACGAGUCGACGUCGGAGGAAAGGGAGGCGCUGCGGAUGCAGAAGAGAAAGGAAUACGCCGAGAUCCAGCAGAAAAGGCUCUCCAUGACCCCUGAAGAGCACAGAGCGUUCUGGCGGAACGUGCAGUUCACCGUGGACAAGGAUGUGGUACGGACAGAUCGAAGCAACCAGUUUUUCAGAGGAGAAGGCAAUCCCAAUGUGGAGAGCAUGAGGAGGAUCCUGCUGAACUAUGCGGUGUACAACCCAGCCAUCGGCUACUCCCAGGGCAUGUCGGACCUGGUGGCACCCAUCCUGGCCGAGGUCCUGGACGAGUCAGACACCUUCUGGUGCUUUGUGGGUUUGAUGCAGAACACGAUCUUUGUCAGCUCUCCUCGGGAUGAGGACAUGGAGAAACAGCUGCUGUACCUGCGGGAGCUGCUGCGGCUGACGCACCUGCGCUUCUACCAGCACCUGGUCUCACUGGGAGAGGACGGCCUGCAGAUGCUCUUCUGCCACCGCUGGCUGCUGCUGUGCUUCAAGCGGGAGUUUCCCGAGGCUGAGGCUCUGCGGAUCUGGGAGGCCUGCUGGGCCCACUACCAGACGGAUUACUUCCACCUUUUCAUCUGUGUGGCCAUCGUGGCCAUCUACGGGGAUGACGUCAUUGAGCAGCAGCUGGCCACCGACCAGAUGCUUCUGCACUUCGGAAACCUGGCCAUGCACAUGAAUGGGGAGCUUGUUCUCAGGAAGGCAAGGAGUUUGCUCUAUCAGUUUCGCCUCCUGCCGCGGAUCCCCUGCAGCCUGCAUGACCUGUGCAAGCUGUGUGGGACUGGCAUGUGGGACAGUGGUUACAUGCCCGCCGUGGAGUGCACAGGCCAGCACCCGGGGUCUGAGAGCUGCCCAUAUGGGGGCACUGUGGAGACGCCUUCGCCCAAGCCCCCCAGAGAAGGCAGGAAGGGCCCAAAGGCGCCCCGGGAAGGCUUCGGUUUCCGCAGAUAG